AUGCUCAAGAAACAAAAUCCUGAAAGGAAGCACUUCACUUUACUCCAGUGGCGUGGUCAGUCAUUGAGCGAUGUGGAAAAUACUCGGCUAAUUGAACCCAAUUUGGACAAGGUCCGCUCCAAAAGUGACGUACCGCCUGCCGUUUUCAUGCUGCCAGGCUGGCAAUUGAAUGAUGCUCGAAGGCUGGUGCUUAGCGAUGUGAAGCUCUACCCCUCUGUUAUCAAGGGCAUCUUGCCCAUCAUUGCCCCUACGUCGCAUCUCGAGCUGCGGCGAUGGACAGCGGAUUUCCUCGCCGACACUUUUGCGACACCCGCGCUGCCUUCGAAAGACAAGGAGUCUAUGCAGCCUUUCGUGCUCGAUACGGUCCAAUCCAUCCUGGAAACUCCGGAUGAAGAUGCCCACGUGCUCCGAAGUAUCAUUCAGACAGCAGCCAGUAUCUACCCCAUUACUUUGCGAUGGAUCAUUGAAAACUCAUACGACACGAUAACGUGGGAACGAAUUACGGCCGUCAAGACGAGGAUUCUUCAGAUAUGGGAUAAGGGAAACCCGUCGGUUCAGAUAUGCUGUAUCAAAUUCGCACAGAAGGUCGUUCUAUCACAGUCUGUGUCUGGGAGUGAACCUCGACGUGGUGAUGGACUAGAUGUUUCUCUCGACAAGGUUCCUCCGAAUCACACGUUGUUGGACCCGCGAAUGUUAGAGGCGGAAGCCUUCGGCUUGCUCGAUCGCAUGCUCGGGGUUUUACAGGAUAAUAGCAGUGAUGCGCUUGUUGUUGACGCAACGCUGAACUGCCUUUCUGUUCUCGUUCGCACACGACCAGCAACCUCGAAUCGGAUCGUCAACACGGUGUUGAAUUUCAAUCCCCUCAAGCUGGCCAACUCCCCCAUGACAUCCAAGGAUCGUGUUAUGGCCAAGUCGAUGGAGAAGACAACACGCAUGUUUCUCAUCCACCUCGCUAAAAGGGAUCCCCAUAAUCCCCUUACACCAAGAAUACACCAGCAGAUUGAGCGCUUGAUGAGGAUGAAAACAGAAAUUUUCGACGAAACAGCGAGGAAGAGGGCUUUGGAUCUUCAAAAGGAAAUGUCAGAAGCAAAACGUCUCCGAGCAUUACCCCCUGGCGCGCCAGCGGUGCUACCUCAGCAGCAGGAGAUCCCUGAACUCGGACCGCCCCCCCACACACUCGGAGCUAUAUUUACCCUCACUACUUCCGCGCCUCUAUCGUCUUUCGAUGUUACCAGCGUGCCGCCUCCUCUUUUAGCUCGUCUCAAUGUCUCGACCCUCGUUAACGUAGACAGACAAGCUCUAGACCGCGCCAUCCAGGCUGUCAAGGAUCGCCUCACAUCAUUGGCCGUGGCCCCGCCUGUUCUUAAUCCCAACACUGCUCCUUUGGGUGUGGAAGAGGAUGAGGACGACUACGAGCCCGAUUUCUAUGCGGCCGAGGAUACUGAGCAGAUAUUAAAUAAGCUAGACAGCUCCUCGGAGGACUUGAAACCACCCAGCCUAGAAGAUGCCCUUCAGCUCGAAGUAUUCACAUUACCCCUAGCUCCUCCGCUAACCACGGAAGGUGCAGUUUCAAUCGGCAAGAUGAGCAUUUCGCAGCUAGCCGAGCAACUAAAAGCGUCGGAAGAUCCCACAAUCAAGAGACCCAAGGUUGGAUUCAACAGGUUUGCGUCAAGUUUCGGCGACCGCGAUUCUUUGGUGACGAUGCUUGUUCGACUUGCGGCGCAGUCCACCGCGGGCUUGGCCGAUAUCUCUCCGAAGAAGGAGGAUGAGGAUGUCGGCCCCUCCGCGUCUGUCAGCAGUGAUAUCCGCGGUAUACUCCACACCUACAUUGUCGACGAUUUCCGGAAGCGCAUCGACGUUGCCGUGGCGUGGCUUUGCGAGGAGUGGCUAAACGACAAGCUACAAGCGUCGCGGUCACCAGAUAGUCCGGUCCAUUACGAGAAGCUUGCGCUGAAACUACUGGAUGGCAUCCUACCGUACCUACACCCGCAAGACAAGAUCCUGACUCGAUUUUUGGCGGAGAUCCCCCAACUCAGCCCGGCGAUACUGUCGCGUAUCAAGCACAUGUGCCGUGACCCCACCGUGGUUGGUCUUGCACUGACAAGCCUGCUGUACCUGAUCAUGAUGAAGCCUCCCGUACGCGAAGCCGCGCUCGACACUGUGCAGGGCAUCUGGGAGGAGUACGAGGACGCGAGACCCACGGCCGGAAAGUACUUGGCCAAGUAUAGACCGGCCUGGCUCGAGAAGGCCAAGCGUGAUGCUGCAACACCAGUGUCUGCACCCACGGCAGCUGCUAAUAGUGGUGUCGCAGCAUAA